AUGAGUGAUUAUCUCUUAGCAAAUUAUAGUCAUGAAUAUGAAAAUGAAUUUAUGUAUUUAAUGAUAGAAACAAGUAUGGGAACAAAAUUUGAUAAUAAUGAUAAAUUACCUAAAUGUCUUGUUAUGGUUGGUGGAAAACCUAUUAUUCAAUGGCAAUUAGAAGUGCUUGAGAAACUAAAUGUUAAAGAAUUAGAAAUUGUAGUUGGAACAUCUGUUGUUGCUCUUGUUCAGUCAACCAUUGGAACAAUUAAAACAACAAUUAAUAUCCAUUAUUAUCCAAUUGAUGAUAUUGAAUUUUUACACAAUGGAGUUGCAUUAAAGAAGUUUAGAGAAGAUAAUAGAGAGAAGUUAAUGAAAUAUAGAGAUGUAAUAGUUAUUGGAACUGACUUAUUAUUUGAUACCACCACAUUUACAAAUUUUAUUAACCAACAUAGAAUUGAAAGUAGUUAUCUUACGUUACUUACCACUGAAGAAAAAAGACCUAAAUUAAAGAAAGGAGAAGAAUUUGACGAACAACGUCCAAAAGAUUUAUUAAUUCUUAAUGAACAAAAAAGAAUUUUUGGAAUGGUUUAUGGUAAUUGUUCUGAUAAAAUUGGUAUUCCUUAUGAUGUUCUUGAUAGAUACCCUUCUCUUUCUAUAGUUGAUGAAAUCCAAACAUUAAGAACAUUUAUUGUUAAAAGUACUGUCCUUGCACGAAUGCCAUAUAGUGAUAAAUUAACUUCUAUUCAUAAAGAUGUUCUUCCUCAUAUUAUUAAAUUAUUACGUGGUAAAUUUGGUCAAGACAUUCACGAAAAAACUUUAAAUGAUUUAUUUAAUCAUAUCCCCUCUUCAUUUGAACCACCUUGUAUUUAUGUUCUUCAAAAGACUGGAAUGACUUUUAGAAUAUCUCAACAAGCUCAAAUUAAAAAAGUUGAAGGAAUGGUUAAGUCUCAAAAAUUAAAGCUUUUUUGA